GGGAGGCCAUGUCGGAAGUAAAACUUGGUUUUUCAUCCGAAAAGAGUCUGAUAAGUUUCGCUUUCAUCGUACAAGGGCUUGAAGAUGUCGACGGUGACCGUUCCUCCUACCGUCCCCACCCCAUCCGAAGAUUGCGAGCAACUGAGAGCUGCUUUUGCUGGUUGGGGAACAAACGAGAAGUUGAUCAUUUCCAUUCUUGGGCAUAGAAAUGCUGCCCAACUUAAAUUAAUUCAGAAUGCUUAUUCUGAACUUUAUGGAGAAAGUCUCCUGAAGGAUAUAAAGAAGGAGCUCACAAAGGAGUUUGAGCGUGCUUUGCUUCUUUGGACCUUGGAACCAGCUGAACGUGAUGCUUUCUUGGCGGAUCAAACUAUUAGGAAGUGGGAUCCGAAGAACCAUGUUCUCAUUGAAUUAGCAUGUGCAAGGUCUCCAAAGGAACUAAUACUUGCUAGGGAGGCAUAUCAUGCUCGCUUUAAGAGAUCAAUUGAAGAGGAUGUUGCUCCACACGUAAAAAGUGGCUACCGUAAGCUUUUGGUAGGUCUAGUUAGUUCAUAUCGCUAUCAAGGCGCAGAGAUCGAUAAUGAUCUUGCAAAGAAAGAAGCAGAGAUACUGCAUGACAAGAUCAAGGGCAAUGCUGUGAAUCACGAAGAGGUAAUCAGGAUCCUGACUACCCGUAGCAAAGCACAGUUGGGUGCAACAUUUAGCCAUUACAAGGACUCCUUUGGGAAUCCCAUAGACGAGGAUCUGAAGGUUGAUUCCAAGGAUGAGUAUGUCUGUGCAUUGAAAGCGGCAAUACAAUGUCUAGCAUUUCCAGGGAAAUAUUUUGUGGAUGUUCUCAACAAGGCAAUUGACAGACGUGGAACAGAUGAAGGAGCACUAACCAGGGUGGUGGUUACACGGGCUGAAGUUGACAUGAAGCAGAUCAAGGAGGAAUACCUUAAAGUGAAUGGUGUUGGAUUGGACAAAGCCAUUGGUCAUGAUACGUCAGGUGACUACCGGGAGCUGCUUCUUACCUUGAUAGGUCAUGGAGAUGCCUGAUGCCUCCCAUUCUCCAAUAAUGUUGUUUGCUUUUCCAUGUCACAGACAACUGUGUUUGCGUUUGUGGUUUAACGGUUUCUUGCAUAUGAAGAAAUUCUGCACUACCAUACUGGAUCUCUAUUUGCUUAUUUGUUUGGCAAGUUCUCAUCAGUGGUAAGCGAUAACUUCUUUAA